AACGGUUUUCGCGUGGCCCGGAUCUCCGUUCCUGGAGAGCACCGCCCCGGGGAGCGUGUCACACCUGGGGACACGACCCCACUCAAAACACCUCCCCGCCCCCGCGCCCUUCAGGAGCGAAGCUGGCUCCUCAACCUCCACCGGCACCUGUCUCGUCCCUCUUAGCAACCACGUCCUCGGCGGCUCCACGAAGGGACGUGUCGUGCGCCUUCUCAUCUUCUUGCCGCUCUCCCUCCCGAGAUUCCCGGAUCUCUCAUCUUCCAGCCUCUCACUUUGCGAUCUGCCAACCCCUUUGUUUCACGUUGUUUGUAACCAGUCCUUCUCCCGAGAAUGACUGUUCUUUUCCUUUAUCCAGGACCCCCGUACGCCCUACCUCGAGAGCACGGGUUAUUCUGACCUUCCUCGGGAGUUCGUUUCUUGGGGUCUCUGCUCCUCUCCCUUCCCUUUUCUAUUCUUCCCAAGAAAGGGCAGAAAGUAAGGGAGCACAGACCUUUUGCCUCCUUUAGUUUUUCUUUCCAUAGCUUGAAACUGUCGAACCCUCUCCCCAUUUCCUACAAGAGACUCCCGAGCUGCAAACGACGACUCUCGCAUCACCAAGGGCAGCUGGGAAUAUGAACAGCUGUUUGGAAUGAAACUGGAUGGCUUCUACAGGGAGCCAGGCCUCUGAUAUAGACAAGAUUUUUGGAUUCUUCAAUGAUGGCGAACCCCCCACCAAAAAGCCCAGGAAGCUGCUUCCAAGUUUGAAAACCAAAAAACCUCGAGAACUUGUGCUGGUGAUUGGAACAGGCAUUAGUGCUGCAGUUGCACCACAGGUCCCAGCCCUGAAGUCCUGGAAGGGCUUAAUUCAGGCCUUAUUGGAUGCUGCUAUUGAUUUUGAUCUUCUAGAGGACGAGGAAAGCAAAAAGUUUCAGAAAUGUCUCCAUGAAGACAAGAACCUCGUCCAUGUUGCCCAUGACCUCAUUCAGAAACUCUCCCCUCGUACCAGUAAUGUUCGAUCUACAUUUUUCAAAGACUGUUUAUAUGAAGUAUUUGAUGACCUGGAGUCAAAGAUGGAAGAUUCUGGAAAACAACUCCUUCAGUCUGUUCUCCAUCUGAUGGAAAAUGGAGCCCUAGUAUUAACUACAAAUUUUGAUAAUCUCUUGGAACUAUAUGCAGCCGACCAGGGAAAACAGCUUGAAUCCCUUGACCUUACAGAUGAAAAAAAGGUGCACACCUUGCCAUCCUGGUCGAGCUGUGUAUGUAUUGUGCAGGUCCUGGAGUGGGCUCAGGAGAAGCGGAAGCUAAGUGUGUUACACAUCCAUGGGGUAUAUACCAAUCCUAGUGGCAUUGUCCUCCACCCCGCUGGAUAUCAGAACGUGCUCAGGAACACUGAAGUUAUGAGAGAGAUUCAGAAGCUCUAUGAAAACAAGUCAUUUCUUUUCUUGGGUUGUGGCUGGACGGUAGAUGACACCACUUUCCAGGCCCUGUUCCUAGAGGCUGUAAAGCAUAAAUCUGACCUAGAGCAUUUCAUGCUGGUUCGGAGAGGAGAUGUAGAUGAGUUCAAGAAGCUUCGAGAAAACAUGCUGGACAAGGGGAUUAAGGUCAUCUCCUAUGGAAAUGACUAUGCUGAUCUUCCAGAAUAUUUCAAGCGACUUACAUGUGAGAUCUCCACAAGAGGCAGAUCAGCAGGGAUGGCAAGAGAAGGCCAGCUAAAUGGUUCAUCUGCAGCACACGGUGAAAUACGAGGCUGUAGUACUUGAGCAAGCGGGAGAAAUUUACCGUUAGACCACGCUGUGGGGCCUUCCUGUGGAUGUUUAACAAGCAAACUUACAAGAACUCAGCACAACUCCCUGAAGUUGAAGCUUGGGGUAGAAUAGGGGUGGUAAUGUUGCACCUUCCCUUCAUGCUGGCUGUUUCUUGAUACUGCCUGGUCCAUUUUAAUACCCAAUGAUAUCAGGACCCAAUGCAGCCCCUACCUAUCCCAACACUGGACAUGCUUGUCUACACAGCAGACCAAUGUGGUGGCUCCUGGCUAUGGCUGCAGCUCUGCAGGACUUGGGGAGCAAGAAGUCAUGGAGUCAGUGGGCUCUUGUUGCAGUUUUGUACUCUACUUGGUUUUUCAAUUAAGCUUAUGGCUUUUUUAAACAUGACUUGAAGCUCUAGUUUUCUAGAUCUUUUACAGUGUACAGUAUUUUACAUAACUGAGCUGUAUUAAAAGCUUGUUCGUUUA